UUAAUCGUCAUUGCCAGUUAAAUCCAGUUACCGGAUUCAACUGAAAAUAAUUAAUUCCAUGUAAAUAAAAUUGAUUGAUAUGGAUAUUUCGAUUCUAGUUUAUUUCUUCUUCGCCUCCAUUUUUAUCCCCUUCAUCUCCACGCAAAAUGUUAUCCCACCCGAAACUCAGCAUCAAAUCGACCUGUUCAUCUCGAACGUAAUGAAUCAACAGAAUGUGCCGGCCUUAGCGAUUUCAAUAAUUAAAAACAAUGGAGAACUCCUCUAUAAAACCGGCUACGGACAGAGAGACCGAGAGAACCGGCUACCCGCCGAUAGUGACACUCUAUUUUCCAUCGGAUCAUUAACUAAAAGCUUCACUGCAGUAAUUGCAGUCAAAUUUCUUCAUGAAAACUUUCCUGAAUUGGGGCAAUCCGUACUGGACACGCCAAUACGAACAUUGGCGCCAAGUUAUGAUUUUGUUCUAGGAGACAGGUACCGAUCAGGGUCCGUGACCUUCCGUGACCUGCUGGCCCAUAGGGUUUGCUAUUUGCCAGAGUAUACGGGAAUGUGGGUUCAGGCUUACAACGAUUCGCGAGAGUUCUUUUACCGACAAAGAUACUCACUCAAUUACUGCGCAUUUAGAAAUGCUUAUCUUUACAAUAAUGGACUUAUCGCAAUUGCCGGAGAUAUAAUUGCACACCUGGCAAACUCUACGUAUGAAGAUAUGCUUUCUGAUCUGCUUCUCUCAAUUGGAAUGACUAACACAACUUGGGUCAAAGAAAGUGACGAUCAUAACAAUAUGAUGCAACGUGCGGUGCCAUACUACUGGAAAGAUGGCGUCCUUAAUCGAUAUAAUCCAGAACUGAUGAAGGGUGUCGUCCUUGUAAAUGCGGCCGGUGGUAUUUUGAGCUCGGCGAGCGAUAUGAUGAAAUAUAUGCAGUUUCAUUUAAACCUUGGACAAGUUGGGGACAAUCAAAUUAUACCUGCGGAAGUAAUGAACUGGUUAUAUACACCAUCCUCUCUAAUCGCUUCUGGGACCUUAAAAUCUGAAAUCAAUCCUGACUCAAUUAUUAACCUGAACAUUGCAUACGGACUCUGUCUGGAUAUUGGAGUUUAUGAUGGGUGGUUACGAAUCGGACAUGGCGGGUAUCUUCCCCCUUCUGAAAGUCUUAUGCACUUAUAUCCCGAAUUAGGACUUGGCGUCUUUAUAGCCAUGAGUGGUCCGGGUACUUUGCGCUCGACAUCUAUGCCGAACUCCUGGAUUCAGGCCCAGCUCUUUGAGAUAUUGCGAGGGGCAAUAAAGCAGGAUGUGGGCAGAUUUGAUAGUUUUUCGAACAAGAUAUAUACCGCUGCUCCAUUGGACUUGAUGCCAUUGGCAGAUUUGUCUCGGAUUUCAACAAGAAAUCAGGAUACGAAUAGCCAAGCAAAAAUUUCACCUGACGAAGCCGUUGGUACAUAUGGAAGUGGGUUCAAUGGUGAGAUGAUCAUUUCCUUCAAAAAUAAUUCGGCCGGAAUCCCACAACUGUAUUGGGAAUAUGGCAAAUGGGGGCUGGCUUGGCUGGUUCAAAUAUCCGAGUCAAAUUUCUCCAUUGACGAGUGGGCCUCUGAUUUUUGGAUGAUGUAUUGGGCAAAUCAACGCGGAAUGACAAAUCUUACCCUGGAAUUUGCAGAUAUGGAUAACAUUCGAUAUCUAGCUGAGGGCGCACAAGGGAGCACCAAUUUCACACGAGGGCUCAAAAUUGACGAUUUACCUGAAGUCCCAUGGGCGCCCGAUAGUUGUGAGAACAAAGUGGUGAAACCAAGAAGCCAUACAUACACUCCGUGAUGGUAUUGAUUUGAUACCGCACUGUCCUGCAGAUGGGUAGUCUGUAUUGCAAUAACCGCGUUACGAUCCCACUUUGCAUAAAUUGCAUUACGAAUAUUACGAUGAAAACACCUACAUUAGUAGUUGAAGAUUCCUCAAUGAGGAAAACACGGAGCCAAAAUUCAAUCAAACCGAUAGCAAGUUAAUUAAAACUGUCAAACUUAUCUUGACUGAUAUCCCCCAAAAUGUAGAUAAUUUAAAUUUGAAAGAAUAAAUAAUUAUAAGCCCAGCA